UUUGACAUCAUGGAGGACACGGAAACUUUGCUAGCAUUGGUCCGCAGCCUACUGACCGUCCCAUUUCCAGAACUGGAUAUCCUUCUCGACACGCUCUUGUCGUGCGAUGGAGAUGUUCAUGCCACUGCCAAACUACUUAAUUCUGGCGAUGAGACAAGGUCUAAGCCAGUGAGCAGCGUUUCAAAAAGAAAGGAUCGUUCUGUGGGUCUUCAAGGCUGGUUAAAUGCAGGCAACUCAAAAGUCGAAAACACUGUCUUUGACAGUCCUCCUCGAAAGAAACGAGACGUCAAGGAA